AUCGCCAUGUAUUUCAAAACGAGCCUUCUUUUGUUAUCGUUAAUUCCUGGAUUGGCUAGAUGCGCCGAUUCAAGAAACACCGAGAAAAGCAAGCGUUUUGACGCAUCGAGUUCAUCAUACGCUGUCAAGCAACCCCCAUUGACUACCAACUGGACGUAUACAGCUGGCACCAAUCCAUGGCCGGAAUAUCCUAGACCUCAGUUGGAACGUACCGAGUGGGUCAAUUUGAACGGUAUCUGGAGGUAUGAGAAUGCAUCUAGCUUGAAUGCAGUCAACAGUCCGCCUUUCAAUGUGACCCUCGCACAAGAAGUUCUUAUUCCAUCUUGUUUGGAGAGUGGUUUAUCAGGAAUUCAAGGAAAGAACACUCUUUACUCCUGGUUCUCAACCUCAUUUACUGUCCCAUCGCAUUGGCUUGAACGCAAACGGAGAGUCCUUCUCAAUUUUGGGGCGAUCGAUUAUGAGGCCACGGUAUUCGUUAACGGCCACAACGCCAGCUUCCAUCGUGGAGGAUAUUUCCAUUUUACUGUUGAUGCAACAGAUUACCUUUUACCUGGUACUGCAAAUGAGCUGCUUGUCUUUGUGCAUGAUCCAACAGAUAGUGGCGACUACGUUAUACCCAUCGGCAAGCAGACGUUGAACCCUUCUCACAUAUUCUAUACUCCUUGUAGUGGUAUAUGGCAAAGUGUCUGGGCUGAGGUGGCGCCGGAAAAUUACAUCACUCAGCUAGACUUGGCCGCUGAUAUGCACGGCGUCGUAAAUGUUACUGUUCAUAGUUUGCAGAAACAAGCAAAAAAAGUUCAAAUUGCCGUCAUUGAUCCGGAGUCCGGUAAUCAUGUGGCAUCUGGGCAUGGUUUCUCGGACCAACCAUUUCAGUUUUCUGUAUCGUCACCUAAGCUUUGGUCCCCAGACACGCCUAACCUCUACAAUAUCACCGUCAUAUUUAACCAAGAUACCAUUCACAGCUAUACAGGAUUUCGGACCGUCUCUAAAGGAACUGUCGAUGGUGUUGUUCGCCCCCUCCUAAACGGGGAGUUUAUCUUUUGGUUUGGAACGCUUGAUCAAGGAUUUUGGCCAGAUGGAAUUUAUUCACCACCCACCCGCGAUGCUAUGGUAUAUGACCUUGAGGUUCUGAAAAGUCUAGGCUUUAAUAUGCUUCGAAAACAUAUUAAAGUGGAACCAGCUCUAUUCUAUCGGGCAUGCGAUGAAUUGGGGCUGAUGGUCAUCCAAGAUAUGCCAGCUCUUCGGCCUUUGCAGACAAGAACAUUGUCUGAUGGUGCAACCGAAACUAUUCUUCCAGAUGACGCGCAGCAACAAGAGUUUAUUCGCCAGCUGGAACUUCUUGUGAACCAGCACAAAAGCUACCCAAGUAUCGUCACGUGGAUUAUCUAUAAUGAAGGAUGGGGUCAGUUAAUCGAGGGGUAUCCUGAAUUCGCAUUAACUGCCCGUGUCAAACAACUUGACCCAACACGUCUUAUCGAUUCCACAACGGGGUGGUAUGAUCACGGGGCUGGAGACUUCAGUGACAAUCACCAUUAUGCAAAUCCUCAGUGUGGCACGCCUUUCUACUCGAUUCAAUCUAGCCCGUAUAAUCCCACUCGGAUAGGAUUUCAGGGCGAAUUUGGAGGAAUUGGAAAUAAUGUCUCGAUUGAUCAUCUAUGGAAUGUCCAGGCUGCUGUGAACGGCAUUAACCAAACGUAUGAGAUUGACGAGACUAUUGAGAGUUGGAAUUACCGCAGCCAUCUCCUCCUCUCCGAAUUAAAGGACCAGGUCAGCCGGUUCUCGUGUAGUGGGGGUGUUUGGACCCAAACUACGGAUGUCGAAGGAGAGGUCAAUGGGCUGUUGACAUACGACCGCAAAGUUCUGAGACCAGAUAGAGACCAGUGGAAAGCCGAUAUUCAAGGCCUUUACGAGACUGCAGUUGCACGACGAAACUCUUCUAUGUCUACUCGUGCCCUUAGUGUGUGAUAAGCAUCGUGAACUCCUUCGCGGGCCACAGAAUGGCAAGUAUAAUAUUCCUCUAAAAUUAGUGGUUUUGUUAAGGUUGUCGCCCAUGUCCAAGUGAAUAUUUUAAUAUUAAAUCAUAACUAGCGGGUUUAUUCUAUCGAAAUUUGGAAGUCAUGAA